AUGACGACAGGAGUGUACAACAAUAUGAACGCUUGUGGUCCACUACCCACGGUGGUCGCUGAUGCUCCUGAAUUCAACAAUUGCUCAACGACUUGCUGUCCAACUGAGGGAAUCUGGGGUGCAUGGACAAACGUGGGAGUCCUUCAACUUGGUGGACAGUACGGCAAUUUAUCUUGUGGAAUGUGCGCCUCACAAAGUCAAAGCCGUAAAUGUCUCUCGUCGGUGUACGGCUGUUCGUGCACUGGUUCCACCACACAAACAGUUCAAUCAACGGAGACUAUAUGCGCUUUCCCGAAUCCAACUUGUUGCUCGCCGUACAUUAAGAAAAUCGAUACGGUGAAAAAGCUGUACACUUGUCAAUUGAACGUCACCGUCACCCCGACACCGAUUCAAACGACAACUUGUUGCCCACCAGCCGGAACUGGCCUCUGGAACGAUUGGAGCUCAUGGAGCACAUGUUCUGCCACUUGUGGACUUUGUGGAACCCAAACGAGCAAUCGAACUUGUGCCUCGGCAGCUUAUGGGUGUCCUUGCACUGGAAGCUCAACAAAAACACAAGCCUGUGGUCAAAUCGGCUGCACAACUGGAUCAGCGUGCUGUGCGGGAACCUAUCAAGCUGUUGCCUAUGAUGGAACAAUCUUUUGUCAAACCGCACUUCCAGCCACUUGCACCGGCACUUGGCAGCCAUGGUUCAACACCUCGUCAUGCAAUGACACAUGCGGGAUGUGCGGUGUACAAAGCCAAGCCCGCUACUGUAUGCCACCAGGAUGUCAGUGCAGUGGUCUUUUCACUCAACAAAUCGGCAUUAGCGUCAUCUAUCUUGUUGAUCUCGACUCAAUACCGUCUUUUAAUCUCCCGAAGUUCAUUGGAAAAGAUUGCACUAAAAAUGAGACAUUCGAUAACUAUGAGAAGACUAGAUUAGAGCAUAUCAGACAAGCACCAGUUCGUCGUCGGGUAUUUCAAGAAAUGGAUAUGAAUACACAGCCACCCAUUUUCUACAAUGCUCUAGCGAUUGAGGUGCUGUGCCCGUCAAAGCUGCGUAUUGGAGUAGUUGGUGAUGGCGGGAAAUGGGUGUGCAAUCCUUGGCGUCUACCCGACAACUGCACAAUUUAUUCUCUUGGUAUCAAUGGUCAAAUCGAUUUCGAGACGGACGUGCAAAAAAUAACAAAGAAUCGAUGUAGAGUUUACGGAUAUGAUCUGGCUGAGCAAAUAGAGAGUAUAAAACGCGAAUACGAAUCGAUCAACGGCGAAUUGAAAGCUGGUGGCAUUUUCAAGAUUGAUAUUGAAGGUGGAGAAAGCAAGGUUUUGCCGGAGUUUGUCAAAGUCUAUCAACCGUGUCAGAUAUUGGUCGAAACCCAUCAAGAAGCCGCCGAAACCUACAAAAUCUUGAAAUCUUUAAGCCUCACUGGGUUGCUGGUCGUGAUUCCAAUAUGGCUGCAAAACAUUGAACAUAAAGCCGAGCUUUUACAACAACAAACAGAGCUCGCCUCGAUCGCCAAGGUGAAAUCACAAAGGUAUACAGCUCUAACAAAAUUCCUCCGCAUCGCAACCAAUGUAAAUUUAACGCAAAGGGAAUGGGAAGAAAUCAUCGGCACUUACUCGAAUCAAGCCUAUCCAAAUGGGAGCACAUUUGAGCUGAAUCUUCAAUCAAUUCAUUCAAGAUGGAAAGUGUCGAAUAUUGCUGCUCAGAUCACGACAAACAUUUUCCUGAUCAAUCUCCGCGAAAUGCAGUGUUCUCACGCAAUUUGUCGACUUGCUAUAGGCUUGCGACUUGCUACGACGGUUAUUGGAGCUAUUUUUGUCACUCUACUUCUUGGUGCCACACUUUCAAUGAAAGAGAACAAUUGGAGCGCAUCACAGGCCAUCAAAUACAAUCUCCGAAUAGCGUUGGGAAUUGGCUUCGUCGAGUUGCCUUCAUAUUUUGCUUAUGAUCAGAUGUCCAUUGGAAGAGCGACUUUUAUCUUUUGCCAAUUUCUCUGGUUAAGCACUCCACUCUGUGCGCUUUUUGCCACUUUCAUCGCUUUCUUUAAAUCAAUGGAAACUGGGCUUAAUGUAAUGGAAGAAUUCGGGCAAAUGCGUCGAGCUUGUGAAAAGGAAUAUCAACGGACAACUCCGAGAACUUUUGCCCAAUACUAUAAU